AUGGGCGUGCUCAGGGCCGGACUGUGCCCCGGCCUCACCCCGGAGAUGGUCCAGCUUCUGAGGAGCUGCGGGAUCAGAACAGUGGUGGACCUGGUUUCUGCAGACCUGGAGGAGGUAGCCCAGAAAGGUGGCUUAUCUUAUAAGGCCCUGGUUGCCCUGAGGCGGGUGCUGCUGGCUCAGUUCUCGGCUUUCCCCUUCAAUGGCGCUGACCUCUAUGAGGACCUGAAGACCUCCACUGCCAUCCUGUCCACCGGCAUUGGGAGCCUGGACAAACUGCUUGAUGCUGGUCUCUACACUGGAGAAGUGACUGAAAUUGUAGGAGGCCCAGGGAGCGGCAAAACCCAGGUAUGUCUUUGUGUGGCGGCAAAUGUGGCCUAUGGCCUACAGCAGAACAUCCUAUACAUUGAUUCCAAAGGAGGGCUGACAGCCUCCCGCCUCCUCCAACUGCUUCAGGCUAGAACCCAGGACGAGGAGGAACAGGCAGGAGCUCUCCAGAGGAUCCAGGUGGUGCAUGCGUUUGACAUCUUCCAGAUGCUGGAUGUGCUGCAGGACCUCCGAGGCACCAUGGCCCAGCAGGUGACCAGCUCUUCAGGAACUAUGAAGGUGGUGGUCGUGGACUCGGUCACUGCGGUGGUCUCCCCACUUCUGGGAGGUCAGCAGAGGGAAGGCUUGGCCUUAAUGAUGCAGCUGGCCCGAGAGCUGAAGACCCUGGCCCGGGACCUUGGCCUGGCAGUGGUGGUGACAAACCACAUGACCUGCGACAGGGACAGCGGGAAGUUCAAACCAGCCCUCGGACGUUCUUGGAGCUUUGUGCCCAGCACCCGGAUUCUCCUGAGUAUCACUGAUGGAGCAGGAGCAUCAGGCUGCCAGCGCACCAUGUGUCUGACUAAAUCUCCUCGUCAGCCAACAGGUUUUCAGGAGAUGGUAGACAUUGGCACCUGGGGGAUUCCAGAGCAGAGCCCGGCAUUACAGGGAGAUCAGACAUGACUGGUGUUGUUGAUUGGCAAGGGGAGAGGCAUUGAGGCCUCACCCCCCAGCUUUCCUUCCAGUAAUACCUGCUGUUCACUGCCCCAGCACUUGGGACUGCAGAAGUUCUCAGGCUGGCCAGAAGAGAUGGCUGUUUCCUCAGCUUCACUCUCAGUGGAAGCAUGUAGAGCCCCAGGCGAGAGGGGAUGCUGCAGUGCAGGGACCCAGAAAAUUCAUGUUGGUGCCAAGUUUCCUUCCCUUGUUUCUACCAUGGAUGUUUCUGGCAGGAGCUGAGUUCACCCUGGCUUGGUGCUUCUUUGCCGGGGCACGCUAGUGACUGGAGGGUAAUCCCGUGUGUCACUGUCACACCCUGUGCUCCAUCCUCGCACUGUGACUGAGCCAGGAAGCCUCCCGUUUGCCUUUGUGUCUCUCUCUCUCUCUUUUUUUUUUUUUUGGCCUCUGUUUUUCUGCCUGUUAGAUGGGGCCCCCUUUCCCUUAGUUCUGUCUCUGAGUUACUGGGUGGAAAUUACCUCAAACAUGUAAAACUCUUCUUCAUCUGUGUCCUGCUCUUAAAUAUAUAAAAAGGAAAUUCCCUGAGCCCCAGAGCCACCUGAUUUCCCCCCAGAAGGUGUUUUUCAGUUUCCCCCAGUGAGCCCCAAAGUGCGGUCAUUCCUCCUUUCCUUUUGCUGAUUUGGUUUCACACACCUGUGUGCAUCACCAUGCCUAGUGAGAAUGUGAGCUUGCUGCAGUCCCAGGGAUAUAAUUUAACAGGAAGGGAGGAUAUGACCUGCUGCUGGUGAAUCCAGCUGCUUGUUUAAUAUGCAUGUUGCCCUGUGGGGUCCCUCCACAAAAUAGAGUAACCAGAGGUGCUGAACCAUGGCCUUGCCCAUAAACAGACGGAGGAAAAUUUGCACAGUAAAUAGAGCCAGCUGGGAAAAUUGAUGCUGAUGUAAAUAAUACAUGGCAAAUCUAGUCCUUUAUGUAGAAAUUCAUUGCCGGUGGCUCCGAGAUGCAAUAUAAUUACACUUCUCUUCCUGCCAGAUGUACUACAGCUAGUGCCCUAGUGUAUGAAAUAACCCCCCUGUCUGUUACCAGCACCAUGGCCAUUCAUCUGAAAGCUGUAACCCUGGCUAGGAGGAGAGGCCGACGCCAGAGCAUGGAAAAUAAAAGGCAAAGUAAAGAAAUAA